CUUGUCCGUCGUUCAUUAAAUAUAUUAUUCAGUUUAUAAUUAACGUUGACAAAAACAAGUCGUGAUGUUUUUUAAAGUGUUUUACGUAUUUGGCGCCUUGGUGUGUGUAGCACACGCGAAAAGUGUGAUGGUCGGACAAGUUUACAACCAAGGAGGUAUAUCUAAGGUGUACGAGAAGACUGUGGAAGCAACUGGAAUACCGUUGUUUAAAAGGGUGGAAGAGUUAUACUACGAGUAUCCAUCACCAACACAGAAGAUCAAAGGCAUCGCUAUAAAAGACCUGGACAACGGAUUGGCAGAGCCGGCUAUAAAUCGUGGGGGUCUUGGGUUCGGUUUCGUGAACAUCAAGCUGAAGAGUGAAAGGGGAUCAGGGUAUCGGUUCCUCAUAGAAAUCUACGCGUGAAAAUAUAACGUAUAGUUUUAAGGAAUUUAUGUGAAAUGUGUGUGUUCU